UGUCGGGCAGGUUCAAUCCCCCCAUGAGCCAAGGGGGCACGAGGAGGCGGGCGGUGGCGUGGGCCACAAAGGACCCAGCGAGGACACGUGCGGCAGCAAACCUCCACAGCAUCCAGCGUGGUGAAGGAGCCCAUGACUGACCUGUGAUGACAGUGACAUACACCAACCGUGUGGCAGAUGCCCGCCUGGGCACCUUCUCCCAGCUGCUGCUGCAAUGGAAAGGGAGUAUCUACAAACUGCUCUACUCAGAGUUCCUAAUUUUCAUCUCACUCUACUUCACCAUCAGCCUUAUCUACAGGCUGAUCCUGAGUGAGAGCCAAAGGCUGAUGUUUGAGAAGCUGGCACUGUACUGCAACAGCUACGCUGAGCUAAUCCCUGUAUCCUUCGUGCUGGGUUUCUACGUGGCGCUGGUGGUGUCCCGCUGGUGGGCUCAAUACGAGAGCAUCCCGUGGCCUGACCGGAUCAUGAACCUGGUGUCCUGCAACGUGGACGGGGAGGAUGAGUACGGGAGGCUCCUGCGGCGCACCCUGAUGCGCUACAGCAACCUGGUCAGCGUGCUGAUCUUGCGCUCCGUCAGCACCGCCGUCUACAAGCGCUUCCCCAGCAUGGAGCACGUCGUGAGGGCAGGCCUCAUGACACCAGAAGAGCACAAGAAGUUUGAGAGCUUGAAUUCCCCCCACAACAAGUUUUGGAUCCCAUGUGUGUGGUUCUCCAAUCUAGCUGUGAAGGCAAGGAAUGACGGGAGGAUCCGGGACAGUGUGCUGCUCCAAGGAAUCCUGAAUGAGCUCAACACCCUGCGCAGCCAGUGCGGGAGACUCUAUGGGUACGACUGGAUCAGCAUCCCCCUGGUCUACACCCAGGUGGUGACCGUGGCUGUUUACAGCUUCUUCCUGGCCUGUCUGAUUGGGAGGCAGUUCCUGGAUCCAGAAAAAGCAUAUCCUGGCCAUGAACUGGAUCUCUUCGUGCCUGUCUUUACAUUUUUGCAGUUCUUCUUCUACGCUGGCUGGUUAAAGGUGGCCGAGCAACUCAUCAACCCUUUUGGGGAGGACGAUGAUGACUUUGAAGCCAACUGGCUCAUCGACAGGAACCUGCAGGUCUCCCUCAUGGCAGUGGAUGAGAUGCAUCAGGAUUUACCAGUCCUGGAGAAGGACCUCUACUGGAAUGAGCCUGAUCCCCAGCCACCCUACACAGCAGCCACUGCUGAGUACAAACGCCCAUCAUUCCUCGGCUCCACUUUUGAUAUCAGCAUGCAGAAAGAAGAGAUGGAGUUCCAGCCCCUGGAGCAGAUCAAGGAGAACGAGGAAGCCAACCACUCCACACCAUUACUGGGACACCUGGGCCGCCUCUUGGGUGUCCAGUCACCGAACUUCUCCAGGUCCUCGUCCCGGAUGAACCUGCUGCGCAGGCGAGGAGACCCCGCAUCGCCCUUCUCCCACUACACCUACCAAGACAUGGGGAAGUCAGGAAGCCCUUGUGGCAUCAGUCAGCCAAAGGGGGACUCCCAGGAGCAGUGGGACAGCGAAGAUGGAAAACUAAGGGAGUUUGAUGCCUUCAUGUCAACCCCCUUCUAUGAGAGACCCGGUUUCUACAGCGCCCCCCAGACACCCAUCAGCUCCAUCCCCAUGAUUUUCCCUUCCAGACGCCAAGGCCGGAAGAAACCACCUGCUCUCUCCAGCAUUGCUGCCUGCUCAACUUCCCUGAGGGAUGUCAUCGUCAACGCCUCCCCUUCCAGGGCCAGUGAUGUCUACAAGAGCCAGAGCUCCCUGGGCUCAGCUGCAAAGGAAACCUUCGUCUGGCCAACAGAUCGGAGCAAAGGUCCUGACUCCACAGCUGUGACAGUGGAAGAGGAAAAGAACAACUCCAGGGAAGCUGCCACCACAGGAAGCCCAGGAGCACAGUCCACAGCAUCCGACAGCCCAAAAUUCCCCUUCCUGGCAGAGUCCCCUGACCAGGAGAAGCAGGGCAGCUACAAGAGCCUGAAGAGCUUGAAAGCUUCACACCCACCCUGGCUAACCCUGGAGAACACAGCAUCAGCUCCUCCCAACUCAGAGCAUUCCGGUGCCUUUCACACCCCCAGUAACAAAACCCCCGGGGGCAGCACCUCCCUCUGCUUCUCCUUCACUCCCGUGACCUCUCCAGCCCUGGAGAGGUCCCAUAAGGGGAACCUGGGCCCUGACGCUCGCAGCCUGAGCUUGGAAGACGCAGCCAGCCCUCCAGACCAGCAUCCAGAGGUUCCCAGGAACACGAGAGACACUGGGAAUGGAAGCACUAACCCAACCCCUACAAAAGAGCCAAGAAGAGCAGAGAGUCCAUCCCCUAAUGACUCCGGAAUCUCCCUGGCUGAGGGCGACUUCGUGGGGCUGAUGGAGGUGAUCAUGGAGGCCAGUGAGAGCCCAGGUGAGGAGCAGAUGGACCAGUACAGCUAAAGGAGACAAGGUUCCAUGGGAUACCUUCCUUAUCCUCACACCUGGCACUCACCUGAACAGAAGGGCAGUGCUGGACAUGCAGCUAGAGCCUGGCCUAGCCUAAAACCAGCACUAAGGACACACUACUCCUGGUUUUGGUACCAUAGCGAGCUCAACUUCUGCUGCAACAAGAAAACCACCAAAAACCCAAUUUUUAGCCAAAAGCCAAGACUGAGUGUUAAGUAUUGCUGAUAUCUCAGCAGGCACCAGCCAGGUGUAGCCCAAAACAGGAGUAUAGUUAAUAUGGAUACUUACUUCCUCCUCCUCACAGCAAGUAGAACUUGAGCUUACAAGUCUCAGGCAGGACUUGCACUACUCCAGGGAAAGUAAGGGACUGAAGCAAGUCACAUUAUUGCUG